UUGAAAAGGUGGGUUUCGCGCUGCAUCCUGGGUACAUAGCAGCGCUGUUGAUGCAGUGAGUCUGUUGUUGUGUUGACUGGAAACCAAAGUAGACGGGGGAGGGUCCGCUCCGGGGAGGCGUUUAGCGAGUUACAAUGCGUCUUUCACGGUGUUGAGCGCUCUCCCACAGCCAUGGUACAACUUCGCCGGUCGUCCCGAAGCGAAAUGAGUCUCUGCUGAGCGCCGAAACCGAGUCCCUCUUCACGGGGGAGAGCGAAAAUGAAGAAGUCGAGCGCCGUGCUCUCCGUUGUCGGCUUGACUGGGAAAUGGUAGCGUGCUGUGGGAACCGCACUGGGAAGGACCAUGGUCGAGAGGAGCAGCAAAUUCUUGUUGAUCGUCGUCGGAUCUGUGUGUUUUAUGCUGAUUCUCUAUCAGUACGUGGCUCCCGGAGUGAUCAAUUUCGGCUCCCCGCAUGGUUAUUUCACGGAGGAGGACGAGGUGGACAUCUUCCCCACUCCGGACCCCCACUACGUUAAGAAAUACUACUUCCCCGUCAGGGACCUGGAGAGGACGAUCGAUUUCCAAAUCAAAGGGGAGGACGUGAUCGUGUUUUUGCACAUCCAGAAGACCGGCGGGACUACCUUCGGCAGGCACCUGGUGCAGAAUGUGCGCUUGGAGGUUCCGUGCGACUGCAGACCGGGACAGAAGAAGUGUACCUGUUACCGGCCGAACCGCAAGGAGACCUGGCUCUUCUCCCGCUUCUCCACCGGCUGGAGCUGCGGCUUGCACGCCGACUGGACCGAGCUCACCAACUGCGUUCCAGGGGUCCUCAACAAGAAGGAAAGCAAGCAGAAAAGUCUGAGGAAAUUUUACUACAUCACCCUGCUAAGAGACCCCGUGUCACGCUACCUCAGCGAGUGGAGGCACGUGCAGCGAGGGGCCACAUGGAAGACGUCGCUGCACAUGUGCGAUGGACGGACUCCGACCCCGGAGGAGCUGCCCUCCUGCUACGAGGGGUCCGAUUGGUCGGGGUGCACUCUGCAGCAGUUCAUGGACUGUCCGUACAACCUUGCCAACAACCGGCAGGUUCGUAUGUUGGCAGACUUGAGUCUGGUCGGCUGCUACAACAUGUCCACCGUCCCGGAGAAGAAGAGGUCCCAGCUCCUCCUGGAGUCCGCCAAGAAGAACCUGCGAGACAUGGCCUUCUUCGGUCUGACAGAGUACCAGAGGAAAACCCAGUUUCUGUUUGAGCGCACCUUCAGGUUGCGCUUCAUCAGGCCGUUUAUGCAGUACAACAGCACCCGGGCUGCAGGCGUGGACCUGGACAACGCCACGAUCCAGCGCAUCGAGGAGCUGAACGAGCUGGACAUGGAGCUCUACGACUACGCCAGGGACCUUUUCCAGCAGCGCUACCAGUUCACCCGGCAGCAGGAGAGGCGGCAGCAGCGCUUCAAGAGCCACAUGCAGCAGAGCCACCAGGGUCUGGGCCUGGGCGUCAACCUGUGGCCCUCCCGCAGCCAGCAGAGCAUGGUGCCAACGUCGGAGGACAGCGAGGGGGGGAAGGAGGGGCGGGAGGAAGGCGAGGAGGGAGGAAGAACAGAGGAGGCGGGCAGCAGGCUCCCCACCGAGGACUACAUGAGCCAGAUCAUCAACCGCUGGUAGCAACAGAGCGAUAACAAGCCACAGACUUGCGUCUGCGUACAAGACCCAAAGGAAUGAUGGACGGAUGAACGGACUUUCCAGAGAGUCCAGCUGUGGAAAUCCAAGUGGGUUGCCAUGGCAACCUAAGCCUGGUCAAUUGCGUCAGCUCUCAUUACCGAGGUUUGACCAGUUGUUGCGAGACCCAUCUGCCCUUUCCCCCCCUUCUUUGCGUUUCUCUGUCCAUCAUUACAUCACAAGCAGAGGAGGGGGGGUGGUAUCACGUUUAGACGUUCCUGACAAACCAGGUCUCCUGCCUUCUCCCGAGUUCCUUCUCUGUGGCCUGAUGUGGAACCUGAGAAACUGAAAAUAAGAAGUCAGUGAAUUCCCAAUAAUCCUCGCUGAAAGAACAAGGCUGCGUCCUGGAAUUGACGAACGAAAAAAACGGGGAAAGCUAUGAAAGCGAGCUGAUAGCCUUGAACAAAUCGAAGGGUGGGAGACUUUGCCAGGAAAAGUUGGACUCCGUUUGUUUAAGAGAAGCUUUUCUGCUUUCAUAAAUCACCCAUCUCAUCCCAGAAAAUGCUUUUGGCCCUGAAAUAAUCUCAUUUUUAAUGAUGAUUUUAGUUUGUGCUUUGUUAAAAAGCAGAAUUGUAAUAACUUUAAAGACCAACGUUGCUGCCUAAAUAUUCCUUUUUUAUUUCUGUUUUUACUUUUUAUUUUUUUAAGUCGAAAGGAUGGGAUGAACGGACCAUAGCCAUUACUGAAGCCUCGCUUGGUGCGCCUGUUUUUCUGUUAAAGGUUCCCAAAGCUACUGUUGCUUAACAA